UGCCAGGAGCGGUGAAAGCACCAUUUCGGCAGCCGCUGUGCCAUCUUCAGCUUCAAGUCUCUUCAGAAUCCCUCAGGAAAUGUCCGACAGAGAGGGAAGAUGAAUAAGUAGCCAUCUCUGUUGGCUCCGCUGGGAUAUUUUCGUCCAUGUCUAGCAGCAUACAAUAGAUUUUUGUGCAUUCCUGUGUUUUUACUCGGCUGUUUCCGGGCUCCGCCCAGCCUUCGGGGAACCCGAAGCAGCGACAGCAACAGCCAGGAUGGAAGAACCUCAGCAGGUAAAGGAUGUGGGUGCCCCUCCAGGCCUGAACCUCCCCCGAGAUCCAGAACCCCAAAAGACCAUCCAGAUACUGCAAGCCCAGCUGUCGGCUGCGUUGGCCGAAGUGGAGACCGUCCGAGCUGUGGCUGCCGUGAGCGAAGGCACAAAACAUGAGGCCGUGGACGCUGUCCGGCGCCGGUGCCAGGAGGAAGUGGCUUCCCUGCAGGCCAUCUUGAAAGACACCAUCUCCAGCUACGAGGCUCGUCUGUCAGCUUUGGAGCGCGACGGUCGGGAAAAUACCUGGAGCCGCUUGCCGCCAAGGCCCAACCCCCUGGACUCGUUGGAGAAGCAGAUGGAAAAGGCGCAAGAGGACACUCUGCGGCUCCGGGCGAUAGUUCUCCCCAUGGAGCAGGAAAUUGCUGAGCUGAAAGCAAAGCUGGCACAUGCCGAGGGCCUGGUUCAAGAGCUGCAGGGUGAGCAGCGUUCUUUAUGUAGCUCUGCUGAAUCCCUCCUCGCUGACCCUGAGGCCGUGCCCUCUGAUGCCCUUGGAGACGACCCUGCCACUUUGGCGGAAGGAGGAGGAGUGGCGGAGAAAUUUGCCCGCAGCCUGGACAGCGUUUCCAUCGCCUCUUUCUCGUCAUUGGCACCGAGUCCGGGGCCUGCCGUCCGGCGCAGGCGUCCCCCUAGCCCUGGGACGGCCUCCAUCGCUUCCUCCACAGGGACCCUGGUGCCCGAGACCAUCUACUUACCGCCGGCCGGGUACCAGCUGGUGCCUGAGUCGGAGUGGACGCAGCUUCACACACAGGUGCGGCAACAGUGCGAAGCCCUGGAAGAGGGGGCACGGGAAAAGGCCGGACUGCAGGAGGCACUGAGGCGCAGCAAUGAGGAAUGCAGCAAGCAGGUCCAGGUUCUUCUGACUCAGGUGCAGACUUCAGAGCGCCUCCUCCAAGGCCUCCAAGCUACAGUGAGCGAAACCCAGCGCCAAACUCAGGAGCAAAUGGCUGGCCUGGCUGCUUCCCACAAGCGCCUGAGCUACGAAGUGCAGCGCCUCAGUGCUGAGAAUGAAGGGCUGCGGGGGGCCAGUUUUCAGGAUUCCCACCCACCGGAAUCUGAUGAGAGCAGGAGCUUGCCUAGCACUGUCCCGGAGCUGCAGGCCUUGGUGCGCCAACUGAGGCAAGAGUCUGCCUCUCAGCUCCGGGCUGCUGAGCACCAGGCCGAGCGCCUGCGAAUCGAGAUUGUGUCCCUGAGGGAGCGGCUGGACCAGGAGACGGCAUCUCGGUCAGGACUGCAAGGGGCGCUGGAGAGAGAGCAAGAAGAACGAGAGCUUUUGCAGGCCUCCCUGAACAGUAUCCGGACUGAGAUGGAGAGGCUGCAGCAAGGGCAGAAAGAGAUUAGCAGAACCCAGGGACGUGUGCAAUCUGAUGUUCCCUCUCUGGGAGAAGCCAGCGGCCUUCAGGAUAGGUCAGAGCCUUAGAAGGAGGAUAGGGGAGGUCACAUCUGCCCUUCUUCACCUUCUUGGCACAAUGGGAACCUCAGGGAAACCUGCCAGGCACCAAAGGGGUCAUCUCUGUCCUCCGGAGCUCUUCCAGGUCCCCUCUCUACAUGGGCAGGAGAGCAAGAACUCUGGAGGGAGGGUGGCUGGAACCUCCCAUUCUUACUCCCCUUCCCACCGAAUGACACUGGAGCUUCCAGAACACAAUAAAUGAAUUUUUUGUACCUUC